CAAUCAACUCUCUCUCCUAGCAAGUCCGUUAUGAAGCAAAUCUGUAGCUCUGGAGUUUCAGCUGUUAUAUCAUCAUCUCUACCUACUCAGCCCAGUUUAUUUGAUGAGAGGUUACAUGAACCGCUUUCUAUUGUGCCACAACAAACCCCUUUAGUCUCUAAUAGUGGGGUUAUGGAACCUUUAUUCUCAUCAGCUUCUGGAUUCUCCUCAGAUCUUCAUUACUUUUCUGUUGCCCCUCAAGGGAGAUACCCUAAUGGCGCCCCAUUUAUUGCUCCAUCACCAAGCUGUGGAAUGCCCAUGCCUUCGGUCCAAAGUUUGGCGAGUAAUUAUCCUUUAGAGGCUACGGGAAUCUCUUGGGUUCCAGAAUCCAUUCAGGAUAUUUUUAGUUACUCUGAUAAUAUGAAUAUUGGGAGCAGUCAACUCCAGAACAGUCCCAUUAAUAAUCAAAUCAAGAACAGUGUUAUUGCUGCUUCUGAUGACCUAGCUAAGCAAAAUGAAUGGUGGGAUUUGGGCAGCGAGGAUUGGAAGGAUCUUCUGAAUGACCCAGUUGGACCAGAAACUCAGCUGAAGGCUGUGUAUCAAGCAACGCAAGAGGCUUGUUUAAAUCCAUUGGUCCAACAAGUGCAUGUUCAUCAGCAGGUACCUUUGCAUUCUGGGGAGCGGAGCAUUAUGAGCAGUCCAUCACCUUCAAUCAAUGGAGCACCACCUAAGCCACGCAUGCGUUGGACCCCAGAACUCCAUGAACGCUUUGUAGAUGCUGUUAAACAGCUCGGUGGAAGCGAAAAGGCCACUCCUAAAGGUGUUCUGAAGCUUAUGAAGGUGGAAGGAUUGACUAUAUACCAUGUGAAAAGCCACCUCCAGAAGUAUAGAACAGCUCGGUACCGGCCAGAUUCAUUAGAAGAAAAGCAGGUAUAUUCUCUUGAUGAAAAGGCAUCAUUGGACCUGAAAACUGGAAUGGAGCUUACAGAAGCCUUGCGGUUGCAGAUGGAGGUUCAGAAACGACUUCACGAACAACUCGAGAUUCAGAGGAACCUGCAACUACGAAUUGAAGAACAAGGGAGAUGUCUCCAGUUGAUGUUUGAACAGCAAUACAAAGUUGGAUUGGAUAAGCUCAAGCCGCCGGCUUCUGAUCAAGAUGAGCAAACCGCCGAAUAUUGUUGCACAACACCACCCUCUCCUAAAAGUUCAGCCUUUGAGAAGGAGAGGGAUGAGAAAGGAAAUUCCUCUUCCACCACCAUUGCUAAAGAGGUAAAGCUUACAGCGGUGGCCGAUCAGCAGAGGGUGGAGGACAAUGGCUUUCUUCGAGCAAAGCCUCCCGACGACAGGCGCACAGAAGGUGAUCUUAAAGAGCAUAUAUCUGAAUGAUGGAUGAGUAGGUGGGGAUGAGGAGAUGAUCAAUAAGAUCAUCAGUAAAUUGGUAACAGAGUUUCCUUCACAGAAGAUGAAAUGGUUAAAACUUGAUGUUUAUGAUGGCCUCUUCUUGUUUCAGUGAAAUGAUGGUGGUCUUUUUAUUCUUUUCAUUUUUUUUUGAGAGAAGUGUUUGUACAAUAAUUUUUCUAUGGUGGAUGUAAGUGUUUUGUAGCAAGUGAUUUUGUUGUUCUUCC